AUGAAAAAUUCUAUAACUUUAAUAACUUAUUCGCACAAGACUAUAAAUAGAUCAUCAAUUCUAAUUUUAUUUAUCAAAACAAAUCUUAAUAGUAUUAAAAUGAAGAAACAAUUAUUUUAUUUUGUAUUAGUAUUCUUAAUUUUGGCAGCAGCAGGUGUAAACGGAGAAUGUAGAGAGUUCUGCAAGUUAAAACAUGAACCUUGUUUAGAAAGAUCAAAAAAUCACUUUAGAAAUGCAUCACCUCAACAAAUAGCUACUCUAUGUGAAUCUUUAGAAAAAAAAUGUGUAACUCUCUGUAUAUCUGGACAAAUACAUGAACCCAUUGAAGUUACUCCUCCACCACCAGCCGAUUAA